GAUCCAUGUUUCAUGGUUGUCCCUAAUUCAAAAUCUUCUUGUUUGACAAAGUUCAAUAAUUUCCAUAUGCAAGUAAGCUGCAUUGCCUUUCGCCCAUGUCCUUCCUAAUGGAGUCUUCCUCCUUCACGUCAAUGGCAGACUAGAAGCAUUUCUUUGACAACAAAUUACCAGAGAGAGAGAGAGAGGUCAGGUCAUGGAGUUGGGUGCAGUGGCCUUUCUACUCGACAACUUGCGCUUGGUGGUGGGAGAAGUAGAGCUGAUACGAGGCAUUCGCGGUCAUGUCAUAAAUCUCAAAGAUGAAUUAAAGAGUAUUCAAGAAGAGUUAAGCGAAGCAUACACAAAGCAAGAGGGCAACAGAAGUUUGAAGACAUGGAUAAAACAGGUUGGGACUUUAGCUUAUGAUAUCGAAAAUGUUUUAGACGAGUACAAGCUUUAUGCCACCCCACACUCUCAUAAGCUCCCUCGGUUUCUUGGGAACUUGAUAUCUUUCCAUUCCAUGGCCAAACAGAUAGAAGAUAUUCGGAAAGAACUCAAGGAAAAAAGAAAAAGAUACACAAAGAUCAUCUCAAGUCAAUCCCCAGCUGGUUCUACUACCUCUAUUGAAACACGACAGUUUCCCAAAGUGGCUUCCUAUCUCUGUGAUGAAUCUCAGAUUGUGGGCUUUGACAAACCAGAACGUCAGCUGAUUUCCUUGUUAAAGGAACCAGGACUAACGACUACUGUAAUCUCUGUGGCUGGGAUGGGCGGUUUGGGGAAGACAACCCUUGUCAGAAAGGUGUACAAAUUGUUAAAAGGAACCUUUGAAUGCCAGGCUUGGGUCACAGUGGGGCAAUCAUACAGAAAAACAGAGAUCUUAAGACACUUGCUAUCCCAAUUUUCCCCAUCAUCAAGUUGGGGAAAUGCAGAAGCUGAACAACAUUUGAUCCUUUCAACAAACUCAUUUGAACUAACGGCCAAGGUGAAGGAUUAUUUGCAGCAAAAAAGGUUCCUGGUUGUUUUUGAUGAUAUUUGGGGCCCAGAUAUUUGGGAAUACUUAAGAUGUUUGUUGCCAAAUGAUGGAUGUGGUAGUAGAAUAAUUGUUACAACGCGUAGAAAUGAUGUUGCCAAUUCUUGUAUAGGAUCCUGUGGUCAUGUCUAUAAUCUCCAACCCCUAUCUCCCAAGGAUGCACAGGAGCUCCUGUGCAAGAGGGCCUUCUCAUCAACCUUUGCAGAAUGCCCUUCAGAACAGAAGGUGUGGGCUGAAAAAACUGUGAGAAGGUGUGAAAGAUUGCCUCUUGCAAUUGAUCAAAUAGGUAAACUAGUGCGAAGUAACAAAAGAAAAACCAUGUUUGAUUGGGGAAAGCUGGAUGAUACUCUUGGAUUUGAGCUAGCAAGUAAUGAACAUCUUUCAUGUAUUACCAAACUAUUAUCUCUUAGUUUCAAUAAUCUGUCCUCCUACCACUAUACCUAUUGUCUCUUGUACAUUAGUAUUUUUCCCAAGGGUUACGCUGUUAGCUGUAGAAGGUUGAUUCGGUUAUGGAUAGCUGAGGGGUUCAUAGAACAAACGAGUGGCAGAACAUUUGAAGAAGUUGCAGAGGAUUACCUCAAUUAUCUUAUCGAGAGGAACUUGGUACAUGUCGAGGAGACAGAGAUUAGCCUUCAUAGUUUAAGCAUAUCAUCACAAAGAAUGGAGGAACGUCUUCAUCUACAGACUAUGUCUAAUCCCCCUAUCCAUCUUCAACGUUUAUAUCUGAAGGGGCACCUUCAAAGCAUGCCCAGAUGGAUUUCAGAACUUCACAACCUGGUCAGGAUACGCCUGAAGUGGUCAAAGUUAAAGGAUAAUCCCAUUGAAGCCCUUCAAGAUUUGCCUAGCCUAAUGGAGCUUCAGUUGCUUGAUGCUUACUGUGGAGAUAAGUUGGACUUCAUGCAAAAGAAAUUUAAGAAACUUAAGAUACUGGAAUUUGAACAACUGUGUCAACUGCGUACGGUGAUACUGUACAAAGGCACAUUGCCCAACCUUCAGAAACUAGUUAUAAGAUGCUGUCCAAUGCUAAGAGCAGUGCCUAGAGGAAUUGACAACCUUACCCAACUGAAGGAACUUGAAUUGCAGGAUAUGGAUGAUACAUUCAUAAAGGGUAUUCGAAAGAACGGAGGUGAAUGCCGUUGGAUGGUCAAUCACAUCCCAAAAAUUCGUUCUUACUCUCAUGGUUGUUUGACAGAUCUUUCAUGAUUCCUCUUUUAAUAUAAUUCCUCCUGCACAGCUACUAUCUAUAUCUUUGCAGAAGUACUGGGUCCUAGCAGAGAAGAAAUUACAGCGAGCAUCUUCAUCCAUAAUUAUUCUCAACUCAGUGUCUCAAUCCUAAUCUUGUAUAUGAUCAUUUUGGGAGGAGCAAGGCAAUGCUUUGAUAUGGCUGAUUCUGUUCUACUUACUAUUUGCCUUUUAUGCUUUGAUGUACUGGUUUUAGUGGAUAUGUCCAUGGUCUUUGGAGUCCAAAGAGGGUAUGUAAUUUGAUAAAAGCAAAUUAAUAAUUCAGUA